AUAUACUGUGGGUUGGUUAUAAUUCAAAAUGGCCGUAGAGAUUUUGUAACCGUACCGUAGUCUGAAUUAAAUAUUAUUUUGUGUCAAAAUCUUAAAAAAUGUUAUGCAUAUAUCUGUUGGUAAUUUCUCUCAUUUAAGCUAAUAGCAAUGAGCUAUUUUCACAUGCCAUAAAUUUAACACAAGUGUCACAUUAAAAAUGGGAAAAAUAUGGAUGUUGUUUAUACAAUCACUAUUUCAGUUGUUUAUUAUUACCGAAUGUUCACGUGUUCCUAUUUAUCAGGGAGAUAUAAUACCUCACCAUGGUCGUUGUGAACCAAUUACUAUUCAAUAUUGCCAACAGAUAAGGUAUAAUGAGACGAUUUUCCCAAACUUAAUUGAUCACGUUAAACAAGAAGAUGCUGGAUCUGAAGUUUACAGUAUUUUUACUCCACUCAUAAAAAAUAAUUGUUCACCAGAUUUAAAAGCAUUCUUAUGCUCAGUGUAUGCGCCUGUAUGCACUAUAUUGGAUACACCAAUACCUCCAUGUCGUCAUUUAUGCGAAAUAGUUCAACUUGAUUGCAAUGAACGCGUAAAACAUUUUGGAUUUCAGUGGCCUGACCACUUAAACUGUUCAAAGUUUCCAGUUAAGACUGAUGAAAGUGUAAUGUGUUUUGGUAAUAAUAAUGUUUCUCAGGCAACUCGUAUCUCACAAGAACGAAGACUUCCAAAGGUUGAAUAUAAAUCUAAUAUUGACAGAGAUCCAGCUAAGUUACAUGGAGCUAAAAAUUAUGGGUUUGUUUGCCCUGUACAAUUUAAAAUACCAAAAAAUUUUGACUUGGAAUAUUCUCUUAAAGUUGGAGAUAAAGUUGAGCAUGAUUGUGGGGCACCCUGUAAUGGAAUGUUUUUCAGCAAGGAUGAAAAGAAUUUUGCUAGACUAUGGAUUGGUGUUUGGGCAACACUAUGUGCAUCCAGUUGCCUUUUUACAGUUCUUACAUUUUUAAUUGACACUGAUAGAUUUAGAUACCCAGAAAGACCAAUAAUAUUUCUGUCAGUAUGUUACUUAAUGGUAGCCACUGCAUACAUUAUAGGAUGGGGUGCUGGAGACAGUGUCAGUUGUCAAGGUCCAUUUUCGAUGACUGUGAGUGGAACAAAAUUACCAAACAUUAUGGUUAUAACUCAAGGAACUAAACAUGAACCAUGCACAAUUCUUUUUAUGAUUCUAUAUUUCUUUAGUAUGGCAUCAAGUAUUUGGUGGGUUAUAUUAACACUAACAUGGUUCUUGGCAGCUGGUCUUAAAUGGGGCCAUGAAGCAAUUGAAGCUAACUCUCAAUAUUUUCACUUAGCAGCUUGGGCAGUCCCUGCAGUUAAAACUAUAUCAAUAUUGGCCAUGGGUAAUGUUGAUGGGGAUGUCUUGUCAGGAGUAUGCUAUGUUGGACUAUGGGAUGCUGAAGCUCUUAGAGGAUUUGUUUUGGUCCCUCUAUGUGCUUAUCUAGUAUUGGGAACCAUAUUUCUACUUGCUGGAUUUGUUUCUUUGUUCAGGAUUAGAACUGUCAUGAAACAUGAUGGAACAAAAACAGAUAAGCUUGAGAAGCUAAUGAUUCGUAUAGGCAUCUUUGGUGUCCUCUACACCGUGCCAGCCCUUAUUGUUAUAGCAUGCUUGUUCUAUGAACAGGCUCAUUUUGAUUCAUGGAUGGUAACAUGGCAUCGUGAUAUGUGCUCUUCUCCGAAAUACUCAAUCCCUUGUCCAUUUACAAAGCAGGAAGCAGACAGACCAAAAUUUGAAAUGUUUAUCAUAAAAUAUCUUAUGACAAUGAUUGUUGGGAUAACAUCUAGUUUUUGGAUCUGGUCAAGCAAAACAAUAGUGACAUGGCGCCAAUUUUUUGACAAAGUUAAGGGAAGACGUGUGGAAGCAUAUGUAUGAUUAACCCUAUUAGCUUUACAAUUUAAACCUAGGUCAUAUCCAAACAAAUACCUGAUAUUUCAUGUAAUAUUUUUUUCAGAUUAUUUAUUUAUUUAUUUUUUAUAUUCUCUGGUCUUGUUAAAUUUUGAUUAGGAACCUAUUAUUACAUAUUAUUGGCCAUACUAUUUUAGCUCUCUAUGUGCUCAGUGUUUUAGUAUUAUUUUAAAAACAAAUUAAGGUCUUAUCUGUUUCAUUAAUUGAAGGUAGCUUAAUAAGUUGAGAUUAAAUAUAAGGCUGAUAUUGUAAAUAUUAUUUUAUGAACUUAAUUUUUACAUAUUUUUGAAUCUUUUAAGAUCAAUUUUUACGUAUGUACCUCUAAAUAAAUAUAAAUAUUUUUGCAUUUGAUUUCUUUUAUUUGCACAACCGUCUAAGCAGGAGUCUCGAGUUUCCAACAAUGUGAAGUGUAAUUUCUAUGUCUGCUGACAUUCUAGACUAGUACAAGUAUUCUGAACAUUCGACUCUCUGGACAUUGUGUAUUAUUUGACCAUUUAACACUGGCUUACAGAACAGAAAACUGAUUUACAGUGUAUUUUCAGAACAAAAUGUUAAUUAAACCAACUUGCACAUGGAGAAAAUAUUUGGAAUCAGAUAGACAUCUGAGGUCAAGACUAGUGUUAAUACAUAUUAAAUAGAGUCUGAACCCUAAACUUAUCUCUCUAGAAUGAUGAUCCUUUCUUUGUAUUGUUUUUGUUGUGUUUCUAAAAUCUUAAAAUAAUCCAAUCAUUGGUUGUGGUUAAUGUAAGUAGGCAUAUUAUGCAUAUUUCACAUUUGCUCUGUGGAAUUUUUUUAACAUACACAAAAAUCUAUGUAUUAAAAUCACCUAGCAUUUUUAACAUUUUAUCCACAAUGAACCUAGCCAAAUAAGGAUUUUCACUUUUUCUAUAACGAAAACCACAAUCUUAUUAAGUGUACUUUAUUAACUUAAUUUAUUAUAUAGCUAUUAGAAUGAGAAAUAAUGUAUGGUACAGUAAUGAAAUGAAUUGUUUAAAUGCAUCCCAAUUCACAAUGAAAUUAACAAUCAGCAGUUCAAAAUGUGCCCUUAUAACAAUAAUAACCUUGAUUCAAAAUUAAUGUUGUGUACUGUAUAAGAUUGUUAAUCAUAUUACCACCAAAUAUAAAUUCACUCACACCUUAAAUAUUUCACUUAAUAUAUUUUAUUCCAGUGACAGUCUUAUUAAAUAUUUAAAAUUAAGCCCUAGUGUAUUUUCCCCAGAUGUGUAGCAUAAAAACUGAUGCAAUAAAUAGAAGGGACA